UGACACUACUUGGAUUUGGACAGCUAACUCUAAGGCGAAACAUUCCCUUUGGCCCUUACAUACCAAGCAUUACAAGGGUUGUACGGGCGCAUUUUAGCAACACAAUCGGAGAUAUGGUGACGCUGGUGGUGGCAACCACCAUCGACCCAGCCUCCAUCGGCCCAGCCUCUGCCCUCCUAUCCAUGCCCGGUUGGUAUCCUGGUCCUCUCCUCCAGGAUAUGUCGAGUUUUACGAAUAGGACAGUGAGGUUAGUGAAGCAUGAUAAGAGUAUUGUGAGGGAGGAUCACUUGGACAAGCGGUGGGAGGAGGCGACUGGAGAAGUUGUUGAUGAGGUCAUAUUUUUGAGCAAGCACACGGCAGCGUCAAAUCGUCCCGCACUUACUGUUCAUCCAAUUGGCGUGCCUCAUUUACGGCAAGACGAGGUGCCACCUGCAGGUGGAAAGCCCGGGUGGGCAGCACCACCUAAUCCUCGAAUAGGACCGUGGUUGAGGCUCUUGAAGGCUAUUGCUGAAGCACAUAAUCUCACUCCUGAAUUUGAGGUCACAUUGGAAGCGACUCAUCAUGGACCUGAAAUUAAUUCACCUACAAUGUUUGUAGAAAUCGGCAGUACGGAAGAGUACUGGAAGAGGCAGGAUGCUGCCCAAGCCAUUGCUUUAUUAGUGUGGGAAGGUUUAGGGCUUGGUGGAGGAGCUGCAGUGGGAGACUGGAGCAGGAAUAAUGGUCAAAACAAAAUCCUCUUGGGAAUUGGUGGUGGACAUUAUGCACCACGGCAUAUGGAUAUUGUUUUGAAAGGUGGUGUUUGGGUGGGCCAUCUGCUUUCUGGGUAUUCAUUGCCAAUGGAAGAUCUGGGUCAAUCUAAACAGACAAAUGUGGAGGGUGUUGGUGGAACUUGGAGAGAAGCAAUCAAAGUUGCCUGUGAGACUACAAAGGCAGCUUUUCCAGGGGGUGAAGUUCUGGCACAUCUUGAUCACAAGGACUUUGUUCAUUUGUUUUACCGGUGAUCUAACUAAGGUCGUCAAUUAUUUACCGAUGGAUGCAGGAGUUUCAAAAGUUGGCAAAGAAAUGCCAUUACAGGCUUUUUGGUGGAGCAGGACAUUAAAAUUGGCAAACUGAGCGACUUCUGCUGAAUUUUCCGGGUGAUGGUAGAUUAAUUGAUUUAUUUUUAUUUGUUAUCAUAGUUUUCAAUCCCAUACCAUGUUCUUAAAACUACUAUUCUUUGAAUUUAUGAUCAUUUCCAUUCUAAAAUUGUAAAUAAUAAUUGUCUAAUCCUAUAAAAAAGUCGUGGCAGCACAUUUUUGACAUUA